GCUGAUGGUUGUAUUGUGUGAUUACAGACGGCUAUCGGGGCGAACGCCACCACUCUGCUGGGAAUACCCAUCGAGUUCCGCCACGUCUCAUUCAGCAUCGGCGGUUACGGAACCUUCCAGAACGUAAUAACACUCGCAAACAUCCUCAGACUCUUUAACCCUGAUCUUGUGGGUCCGGCUCGGAGCAGAACCGUGCACGGUACCCCGGCUCCGCUCAGUGAGACGGGUUUGAAUCUGGCCGUGUCGGGACACAACACCUUUAAUCUUCCUGGACAGACUCGGCAUUUGAUCGACACCCUGAAGACGUUAGAGGACAUUAACUUCGAUGAGGACUGGAAACUGCUGACGGUUCUCAUCGGCAUGAACGAUAUCUGUGAUUACUGCAAGGACAAGGUCGAGAGUUCCAGCUGCUCCACCCGUGAAACGUGUUUAGUGUGGACGUGUAACAGCGUAUUUAUAUCUUCGCUGUUCUCAGUGGAGAACUUCAUCCACUACAUGGCCACGUCCUUGGAGAUGCUGAUGAACGAGGUUCCUCGAAUGAUCGUGAACGUGGUUCAGAUUUUACCCAUGGAGACGCUGAGGGAGGUGCAGAAGCCCACGCCUGGCUGUCUACUCCAGAGGUCCUUCUGCUCGUGUCUGGUGAAGCCAGCCUCGGACUCUGCUGAGCUUAAAGAGCUGAUUGACAUCAACCUCCAGUUCCAGAAAGCUCUAGAGCAGCUUCUCCGUACUGACCGGUUCUAUAAACGCGACUUCGCUGUGGUUCUUCAGCCGUUUCUGAAAUACGCAGACCCUCCACGACUUCCUAACGGGAAGAUUGACAUGAGCUUCUUCACCCCGGACUGUUUCCACUUCACCAUUAAAGGACACGAAGAGCUGGCCAAGGGUCUCUGGAACAACAUGUUCCAGCCUGAAGGGGAGAAGUUUAUGGUUGAGAGUUUUUCGACCCCGAUUCAGCUCAUGUGUCCUCCUCCGGUAAAGCUUCUACUGUUUUACAAAUCUCAUCACCUUCUCUUCAAACUUCAUCCAUUUCCUGCUCAUUGUUUUUUUUAUUAUUUAUUCUCUUCUCUCUCUCUUUGUCUUCUGGUAUUUGAAAUCCAGGACCACCCGUACAUCUACACCAAGCCGAGUGCUGUGAGGAGUGACGCGUCUGUACCUGCAGGAGCUCGGCUCACCGCGCUCCUCUUCCGCUCCGCGCUCGUGUCGUUCCUUUUCUCCUGCUAGACGUGGACUCCUACUGAACCCUGCAGCAUGAAGCAUCAUAUCCCUUCCCCCUGCAGUACUGUACUAAUCCCCCAACAUUUUAUACCGUGAACCCUGAAAUAUCGGCAGUGACGUGCUAAGGCACCAAAAUCACGAGAAAAGACAUUGUUCAUAAAAGUAAUGGCACCCCUCUAAUACCAUGUCCAGCCACAAUUGGCCACUGUUUACAGAGUGCAGCUAUCUGAUCUCUCAGUUUAUCAUCAGAGCGUGCAUGCAGGGAUAAAGGAAGGAGGCUGGAUAAGUAGGCGGAGCCAGAUCAUGCAGGGAAACUCCCCCAUGAACGAUUUGCAUAUUAAUCUUUCCAAUAUAACAACAGUGUUCAAGAUUUUUUUUUUUCGAGUUCUUUCAUCAUGUCGGUCUGUUUUCAUUUCUUCGGUUGACAGUGUCCACCAUUACCCACAAUGCCGUUCGACUACCUGCUGGUGGGCUUUAGCUUCAUCUCUCGCUUCAUCUCUGCCUAGAGAAAGCGAUGCGGCGGCGCUUUAGUCUGCCAUCUGUACACUCUGCUCAAGUACAUCAGCUUCCAAAGCUUUCAUGCUGACACCGUCUCGGUCGGUAUCUCGUAGACGUCUCGCUAGCCGAGACGAGUCUCCGCGUCGUCCAGCUGCUUCGCGUUCUGAGCAAAACCCGACA